AUGAAGCACGGACGGGUUACAGAGCUUCCAGAGGAUUUCUGGAUCCCCAUCCCUCUGGAUACAGACAACAUCACAACUCUCAGCCCCUUCCUUGUCCCCCAGGACCAUCUAGCAAGCUCAGGCACCUUCUAUGCAAUGGCCAUAUACAUGUUUUUUAUAUUUACCGUGGGCACUGCCAUCAAUGUGCUUACAAUUGUAUGCACCAUCCAAUACAAGAAGCUGCGGUCCCACCUCAACUACAUCCUGGUGAACUUGGCCAUGUCAAACCUUCUUGUAUCCUGCGUGGGCUCCUUCACUGCCUGCUGCUCCUUUGCAUCCAGAUACUUUGUUCUUGGACCUCUGGCGUGCAAGAUUGAAGGUUUUAUGGUAACACUUGGUGGUAUGAUAAGCCUGUGGUCUCUGGCUGUGGUAGCUUUUGAAAGAUGGCUGGUCAUCUGCAAGCCUCUUGGUAACUUUAUUUUCAAGCCUGACCAUGCUAUUGCUUGCUGCGUAUUCACCUGGGUGUUUGCGCUUAUUGCCUCAGCUCCUCCACUGUUUGGAUGGAGCAGAUAUAUCCCAGAAGGCCUGCAGUGCUCCUGUGGACCAGACUGGUACACCACAAACAACAAAUACAACAACGAAUCCUACGUGAUGUUCCUUUUCUGCUUCUGCUUUGCUGUUCCCCUCACCACCAUCAUCUUCUGUUACUCUCAGCUGCUCAUUACGCUGAAAAUGGCAGCGAAGGCCCAAGCUGAGUCUGCCUCCACCCAGAAGGCAGAGAGGGAGGUCACCAGAAUGGUGGUCAUCAUGGUGCUUGGCUUCCUGGUGUGCUGGCUGCCCUACACCACUUUUGCUCUGUGGGUUGUGAACAACCGAGGACAACCCUUCGACCUGAGAUUUGCUUCUAUACCAUCUGUCUUCUCCAAGUCCUCUGCAGUCUACAACCCUGUUAUCUAUGUUUUGCUCAAUAAGCAGUUCCGCUCAUGCAUGAUGAAGAUGUUGGGGAUGGGUAGCGGUGAAGAUGAAGAGUCAUCGACGCAGUCAGUGACUGAAGUCUCCAAAGUUGGCCCUGCUUAGACUGAACAUCGACACUAUUUCCUUUUUACUGUCAGAAUAAUGCUGCACAGGUGAUGGAUAACUUCUCUACUGUAAAUAUGAACACAUGAUGAUGUUUUGUGCAUAUAUUUGCAUAGAUAUCACAUUUUAUUCCAAAAUAGGAUGAAUAACAUAUUUUU